GCCUUGCUUCCUGUCCCGGUUCCCCGCCGCAGCCGGUCACCUCCGCGCCUGUCCCGGCGGCGCUGCCAGCAGGAGUGGGGCCUAACAGUGGGGUCGGGGCGGAACCGCGGCGGCCGGGCAGCGGGGAAGGGGACGACAGCGGGGCUGUGGUGCAUCUGAUUACCUGCUGUAAAUACUUUGAAGUAUCAACAAUGAACUCAAUGUUAACAUUACUUUUCUCUGGAAUAGUUGCCUGUUGUGCUCACUCUGUGGGUGAUCCAGUAUCCAGGUUACUCCUUGUGUCCUUUGAUGGCUUCAGGGCUGAUUACUUGGAAACCUAUAAACUUCCUCAUCUUCAGCAGUUCAUUGAGGAUGGUGUGCUUGUAAAACAAGUUGCAAAUUCUUUUAUCACCAAGACUUUCCCAAACCAUUAUACUAUAGUGACAGGUCUAUAUGAAGAAAGCCAUGGCAUUGUGGCCAAUGACAUGUACGAUGCAGAUGCCAAGAAGAAGUUUUCACAGUUCAAUGAUUCGGAUCCCUUCUGGUGGAAUGAGGCAGUUCCAAUUUGGGUGACAAAUCAACAGCAGGGAAAUGGAGCAAGCGCUGCUGCAAUGUGGCCUGGUACCGAUGUAAAAAUUAAUGAUACAACCCCUCAGUUUUUCAUGAAGUAUAACUUUUCAGUAACGUUUGAGGAGAGAGUGGAGAAAGUCAUUGCCUGGCUGAACAGCUCUAAUCCAGUAGUCAGUUUUGCUAUACUGUACUGGGAAGAACCGGAUGCAAGUGGACACAAGUUUGGGCCAGAUGACACUGAGAACAUGCGCAAGGUAUUAGAAGAAGUGGAUAAUCAUAUUGGUUUCCUUACCAGUAAACUGAAGGCAUUAGGUUUGUGGGAUACUGUUAAUAUCAUAAUAACAAGUGAUCAUGGAAUGGCCUCCUGUUCAGCAAAGAAGCUGAUUGUCCUCGAUAAGUGCAUUGGGCGCAACAACUACACUCUGAUAGACAAGACUCCAGUUGCUGCAGUGCUGCCAAGACAGAACAAGGAAGAUGUGUAUAACUUACUGAAAACAUGCAACAGUCAUAUGAAAGUGUAUCUCAAAGAAGACAUUCCAGACAGAUUUCAUUAUCGUCAUAAUAAGAGAAUCCAACCCAUAAUCCUGGUUGCAGACGAAGGCUGGACCAUUGUACAGAACGAGUCACUGUCGAAAUUAGGUGACCAUGGCUAUGACAAUGCUCUCCCAAGCAUGCAUCCAUUCCUGGCUGCUCACGGGCCUGCUUUUCGUCGGGGUUACAAGCAGAGCACAAUAAACAACGUUGAUAUUUACCCAAUGAUGUGCCACAUCCUGGGCCUGACACCGCUGCCCCACAACGGCACUUUUAGUAACACCAAGUGCUUGCUUGCUGACCAGUGGUGCAUAAACCUUCCAGAAGCUAUUGGAAUAGUCAUUGGGGCUUUGAUGGUACUGACUACCUUUACUUGCAUUAUUAUAAUCUCCAAGAAUAGAGUAGCUCCUGCAAGGCCAUUUUCCCGACUUCAGUUACAAUAUGAUGAUGAUGACCCCUUAAUUGGAUAGCGUUAGGGAGCCUCAUCUUGCUUGCUAAAUAGGGAUUUCAGGAAGAGAGUUUGCACUUGCACUGGAUGGCAUUCUUUGCACUUUAAUGGUAUAUGUAUAAAAUACUGUACAGCCAGAUCUUGCUAACUUGUUUGUAUGUGCUUCCUGACUAGUAGUCCUUUAAAACAUGAGCCAACAAAACAAUGAGCAGGUGGCAUUCUGCUUGAAGAGAUGCUUAACAAAAUAAGGAUGCUUAGUUUUUCAAAGCCUUUGACCACUUUCAAAAUGAAAUCCCAGAGUGUGAACUAGACAGGUUAUAGACUCAGUGGAUUUUUAACACUGUAAAUGUGGGAUAAUAUUUUGAUAAUUAAUGGGGGUUUUAUAUUAAAUUUAAGUUAAUGUUGACUUUUAGUGUUCUUGUACAUGUUUUUGAAAGAUGUUUUUUAUGAGAGUUAAAAGUUACUUCUGUUUGGACAGUAUGUUCUGAUUUGUUUUUGAAUUUGGGCAUAGAAGGCAUAGAGAACAUCCCAAUACUUCUGUCUCCACCCUAAGCAAGCAAUAUGACAAGAAACUGGUGAGAAGGAAAACAGAAGUCAGCAGGAAAAGAAUUGGUGCAUAUCACUUUUACUUUGAGCAAUAAAGUGUGUGGUUCAGCAGUUGUAACACUGCACAGAUGGCUGUUGACAUGUCCAGAUGUGUGCCUGUGGAUGACUUAGUUCCUGCAUAGCUCCAGUUAGGAUGGUACCACUUUGUUUAUCUCAAAGAUCUCGGUUUAAACGGAGAAUCCCUCAACUGAUCCAGUUUUGGGGUUGUAGGGGAAAAUUGCUGUUUCUAAAUGCUGUGAGAAGCUUUUCAGGUAUAAACUCUGCUAAAGGUAUUUUUUGUAAUAGAGGUGGUUCUGCCCUGUGUACCAGCUGGUAAUAAUCAUUUGAAGGCUGUCGUGCUAAAAAGCAACAACUGGAAGUUUGAUAUGCAGUCAUCAAGCACUCCUAUUUUAAACCUUGGAAAUUUAAAGGGAAAAGUUAGUUUAGUUUUUGAGUUAAGAUCUGUUAGCUGUAGUGUCUGAACUGUAUAGAUGCAAAGUUCUAGUGCAGACCAGGGCUAGUGUUCUCUUUCUUUGAACUCUUGAUUCCUUGUUAAUGGGCAAGUCUAGUAACUUGCCAUAAGAGAAGUUGAUUUAGAAAGCCUUAGUGGUACCUUAUAUUUCAGUGAGCAGAGAAGGUGGCUUAAAUUGCUAAUGCUGUCCCCAAAAGAGAACUAUAGUUACCAAGUGCUUUUCCUGUAAGUUUGAUAGUUGAAAAACUGAUUAAUUUGAAGUGACAGCACUCGGGUACCUGUUAGCAUGCAGCAUGGUUUCUUGUUUGCAGGCUCAGGUGCAGUGCAGUUUGGUGUUAGCCACAGACUUUUCCCUGACUUUGGAGGGAAGGGUUACUUUUAACUGCCUGCUUCAAAACUCAGAUGUAUUUGGGGUUUUUAAAAUUAUUUGUGGAAGUCUUACUAAUUUGUAUCUUCCUCCCUGAGGAUUCUGUUGUACUGAUUAAAACCACGAUGCACAA